AUGGUUUCCCUUCAUCAUCUUGAUUGUUCUCAUUUUCGGUGCAUUUCUUGUGUGAAAAAGUAUGCGGAGGUGAUGCUACAUCGAGGACUUUUGCCUCCAUGUCCUCAAGAAGGAUGUAAGUCAAGCAUUAAGAUUGCGUAUUGCGAAAAGAUUUUAAGCCCAAAGUUGGUGGCAUUGAUUGAAGAAAGGCUGAGGGAAUCUGAGAUUCCUGUUCAGGAUAGAGUCUAUUGCCCAUUUCCCAAGUGCUCUAAUCUGAUGUCGAAAGCAGAGGUUUUGAAGUAUACAAAAACCAUUACCUGGAAAUCGUAUUUAUAUUCCGGGUUCAGGAGAUGCUUGAAAUGUGACAAAGGUGUGGAGGCCAAUUCUGUUAUGCUUGUGGAGUGGAAAGGAAGAAUGAUAAAGCUAAUUGGAGACGUCUUGCCUGGAAUUAGAACCUGA